AUGAUGGCGUGAAGUAGAGAGAGAGAGAUAAAGAGAGGCAGAUAGAUAAAGUAAGCAGGUUUGGUUAGAAGAGAGAAGAUUCAUAGAAACAAAAGUGUCUCUUUUUUCCUUCUCCUCUGCAUUUCUCCAUUUUAUCUUGUUUUCUUUGACACUUUUGUUAAAAGCUAAAGAAAGAGAGAAAAAGAUGUCCAACGACGAAGACUAGACACAGAGAGAGAAAAGACCCACUUCACUUUCUUCUUCUUAUCCUUCUUCUUCUUCCUAAGAUCCUCUGCUUCUGAGUCUUCAGGAACAUCCAUAAAAAAAUUCCUGGAAAAAAAUGACGAAAGUGUGUCCUGAGAUUGAAGAAAGGACAUUACAAGAACCAGUUAUUACAGUAUCAUCAGAUGUGAGCUUUGCUUCUAAUCAUUUUCCAACUUACAAACUAGGACCUGAGAACCAGAUUGUAGAGGAACCUAAAGAAGAUGAGAAAGGUCCAUCAGUUCAAGACACUGUUGAGAAAGAGAGUGAGCUCUUGUCUGAUCAGCACAAGCGUCUCUCAGUGCGUGACUUAGCUAGUAAAUUUGACAAGAACUUGGCUGCAGCUGUUACUUUGGCUGAUGAGGCGAAAUUAAAAGAGGCGGCUUCUUUAGAGGGACAUGUUAUGUUGAAGAAGCUAAGGGAUGCUUUAGAAUACAUGAGAGGACGCAUGGAUGGUCAAAACAAGGAAGAUGUGGAGAAAGCUAUCUCUAUGGUUGAAGCAUUAGCUGUGAAGUUAACUCAGAAUGAAGGUGAGCUAAUUCAAGAAAAGUUUGAAGUGAAGAAACUUGGAAACUUUCUCAAGCAGGCUUCAGAAGAUGCAAAGAAGCUGGUAAACCAGGAAAAAUCAUUUGCUUGUGCUGAGAUUGAAAGUGCGAGAGCUGUAGUGCUUAAACUUGGAGAGGCAUUUGAAGAACAGGAGAGAAUUUCUGAAGCUUCUAGAGCUCAGGGACCUGAUGUUGAGAAACUGGUUGAAGAGGUCCAAGAAGCUAGACAGAUCAAACGUAUGCAUCACCCAACAAAGGUGAUGGGGAUGCAACAUGAGCUUCAUGGUUUAAGAAGUCGACUCCAAGAGAAGUAUAUGAACUCUAUUAAACUUCAUCAAGAGAUCAAGAGAGUUGAGGAAUCCAAGUCGUGUCCAUUUGUUCUAGAAGGCACACAGAGUCUCGGCUCUUGCUUAAGAAUCCAUGUCUCCUCAGAACAUGCUAUAGAUCUUUCAAACUGUUCGAUCCAGUGGUGCCGUGCAGCAUGUGAAACAAGUAGAAGAGAAGCUAUAUCUGGUGCAAACCAAUCAGUAUAUGCUCCAGAACCAUUUGACGUUGGGAGGAUAUUACAAGCAGACAUUCUCUCAAAUGGACAGAAAGUCACUGUUACAACAGAUGGUCCAAUAGCAUCUGAUUCUAGCUUGCAAUCCCGCGUAGAGUCUCUGAUGCGAAAAUCAAACAGUGAAUUCAAUGUGGUUAUAUCACAGAUGAAUGGACAAGACUAUGCAUCUCGAACUCAUGUCUUUACAGUUGGAAAGACAAGGAUAAAAUUGUCUCGAGGUUGGAUCACAAAGGCGAGAGAAAUAUACUCCACAUCCAUGCAGCUCUGUGGAGUUAGAUGCAAUAUCAAGGCUCCUGCAAAGGCAUUGUUCUGGCAACCAAGAAAGAGUUUAACUUUCAUACUAACCUUUGAAUCAGAACAAGAACGUAACACAGCCAUAGUCCUUGCUCGAAAAUACGCUUUUGAUUGCAAUGUUACACUGCUUGGGCCAGAUGAUUAA